GGGAUGAUUAUGCCUGUCAUUUAAGCAUGGUAUGCAAUAUGCAAGGCGACAACCGUCAUUCACGUUGAUAGCGAAGGAAGAAGAGCUCUGUCAAACGAACGGAGAUAUGUCAGUUCUUAGUGCAUGUGUUGUUAAUGUAGAAAAGGUUACCAACUCAUAGUAUGGCAAGGGAUUUAAUACGGUAAGUUAGUGUCUUGCGACGUGGGGAAGCGAAGAAUGGAAGCGACUUCGUGAAAAACAGAAUGCAUCUACUACGCAUGAUUUAUACAGAUUGCCUGAUUAAAGCCAGGAGUUCAAGGGCUAUAUCGCGAGACCGUUGCUUGGAGUACAUAAGCUAACGACUUCCAUCGCCAAACUCUAACUUCUUUGGGAAGGCCCACAAGAAAGGCAUAUCGGUCUACGGUCUCUGAUUUUCACGCUGGCAACGCAAAUGAAAGACCACAAAAGAGUCUUGCCAAAUAUGCGCCUUCGAAGGAUUGCUGCUUGGUAGAACUUUGCUAUAUUGUUAUAGUUGUUUCAUCUGGAGGCAUGACGGAUGACGGGAUUGCCGAGGCCAGAGGAGGCAUUGCGGAAACAGCUUCGCAAAAAGCGCCAGCAUUUCAUGACGGCGCUUACAAAAGGAAUGCCACCUUUACAGAGAUGACGGCUUGGCUGCUGGCUUCCCCAGACUCUCGCACGCCCGAGCAGGUGGCAGCAAUUGCGGGACUUCUCGCUCACAUCCCCAAGCUGCGUGAUGCUGGCGAGGGUGCGCUCUCAGCUCUGGCCCGGCAGGGCUCUGCCGUGCAGGUUUCCCGGGGCGAGGUGCUGCACCGGCAGGGCGACGCGCCCGACUGCGUACACCUGGUGCUGGACGGCGCCGUGUGCCUCACCGACUCGCCCUACUACCACGGCCACCACACCCACGGUCAUGGUCACGGUCAUGGUCACGGGCACAGUCACCUCAGCCACAGCCACAGCCACGGGGCACACCUGAGUCAGGGGCAUGGCUCAAAGUCGCUGGCGCACUACAUGAGCAAUGCCUCGGCGAGCGCGGCCGCAGCGGCGGCGGUGGCGGCGGCGCAGCGGCGGCGGUCCAGCGGCGGCUUCAGCGGGGGCUAUGGGGGCGGGACGGACCCGCGAGAAGAGGAGUCCCAGCUGCAGCGUUGCGGCCCGGGGGACAUGGUGGGCGAUGAGGAGCUGCUGGCAGCCACCCGCUGGCCGUGCAGGGUUCAGGUGAUCUCCCACCGGGCGGUGCUGCUGGUGCUGGGGCGCUCGCUCUUCCACGAAACCAUAGGGCCCUGUGUACGAGCAGCCUUCACGAGAAAGGUCGCCUUCCUGGCCUCCCUGCCGGGCCUGGGGAAGCUGCCCCGGCAGGUGCUAGAGAAGCUGGCACCCCUGUGCGUCCAAGUGGUGGCGGGUCCCAAGGAGCUGCUGUGCCGCCAGGGGGACCCCGCGGAUUGCAUGUGGGCGGUGCUGAGCGGCAGGUGCCACAUCCUGAUAGACCCGCAGUGGCGUCCCUCCAGCAACCGCCUACCUGAAACCGACAUUCGCAGGACCAACCAGUAUCGGGACCGCGGACCUCCCCUCUCACACCUCUCGGUCUCCUCCGCCCAGUGCGGCCAGCUGGUGGAGGAGCUGUGUGUGUUUGGAGCGCUGCGCCGCCGUACUGCCACCGUGAGGGCUGCCACCGAUGUGACCGCCUACCGAGUCAAGCGGGUGCACUUCCUCAAGCUGUGCCCGCCAGCGCAGCUGGAGGAGCUACGAGCCAGUGCGGAGACCAAGCUGGUGUUGCUUGAAAAGGCAAUGCGCGAGGAGCGGGGGGAGGCCUCACGAUUCAACCGGGUGCUUCGAGGUCACAGCCUGCGGGAGCUGCACCCGCCCUACCGCGCCCAGCACCUGCGGGACGCCACCUCGCAACCCUCAUCCAGCACCCCAACCACCCCAGCCGCCUCCAUGUCCCGCUCGGUAAACAGCCCCACCACCAGCCCCCGUCUGCCGCACUGCUCCGCCCCCAGCGCUGACGACAACCUGGCUGCGGAUGCCGAUGCGGAUCGGUCGUACCGCUAUAGCGACGCCGGCAGCAGCAACGGCGGUGAUGACGAGGACGAGGUCCGGGAUGCUCCUGACGCAGGUGGCGGCGGCGGCAGUGGCGGCGGUGGCGGCAUGGUGCUGGAUCUAGAUGCGGAUCCAGCGCACUCUGCGUGGGGCGCGAUCAGCAGCAACGCCGUCGCAUGGUUGCGGACUCCCCACCAGCUGCCGCCGUCAACGCCAACGUCAGCAGCGGCGGCGUACCCUGCAACAACGGCCGCGGCCGCUGUGGCCGCCGCCGCCGCCGCGGCGGCUGCAGCCGCAUCCCAGCGUCUUGAAGCAGCGUUACGUGACGGCGCCGCCGUCGGCUGCCGUACCAGGGCCGGCGCGCAGCAGAGUACGGCAACGCAUGUUCGAAGAGACAGCGGCGCGUCGGCGCUUUCAGGCGGCAGCAGCAGCAUCGGCAGCGGACCUCCGGCCGCAGCGGGUCCGUACAUACACAGUAGUAGCGGCGGCAGACAAGGCUACGGACGGCAGGAGGCAGCGGCGGCGCCUGCAGCCGAGUUGCCAGCACCGACGACGGUGGCAGCGCUUCCAUUCGGCUGGGGGUACUCGUUCCUGCAUCCGCCAGCCGGCGGUGGCGGCACCGGCAGCGGUGGUGGGGGCGGCGGUAGUGGAGGUGGAUGUGCGUCUACCACGGUGUUUUUAACCGCGACGGAUGUUGGUUCCUCUUCUACCGCCGCCGUUGCCAGUACCCCCGAACUGCCUGCCUCCACAUCGUCGACUCGGUCCGGUGCAUCCGGCACUGCUGUCAUCUUCAGGUCAGCUCCUCUACCUACGAUGCCCGCAGCCGCCGGCGGAGGUGCCAGCGGCCCCGGAGAGGAAGUGGACUUCGAGGAAGAGACCGACAGCAGCUCUAGCGACAUCUCCAGAAUUUCAAGCUUUGACACGUGUGGCGAUGAAGACGGUACGACAACGGCUUUGCCGUACCAGCAAAACGGCAGUGGCGGCGGUACAGCAGGAUACAGCAAUCCUGGAACCGGCGACGGCUGUGAGGUGAGCGCUGAACACCAUUGCAAGACGAAGAAGAAACGCAGGAAAGGUAGGACCGACAAUACUGCCGGCGGCGGCGGCAACGGCAGUAAGCUUGGCGGUGACGGCGGUCGUACGGCAAACAUAACGUUGACGGCAGCAGCGGAUACGGCAGCAUCAAGAGGGCAAAUGCCCUUGCCGGCGUCCCGACGCCAGCCAAUGCCCUUGCUGGAUUGCUCCUGGAACUUCGGGCCAUGCAGCCUCAUCCACCUUCGAGACGGGGCCCUCAACUACUCGCCCGUCUCCAGGUCGGUCUUCCAGAUGGCAGCAUCUACACCUUUGUCGUACAACACCACUGAUGGCGCCAUCACUGCGACCACUACCGGCGCCGCCGCCACGGAACCUUCUGCUGCUGCUGAUGGUUACGCUGAGGCUGACGUGUACCCCGCCGAUGGUGACGACGACGUUGAGAUAUACACUGACAGAGGCGAGGAGGACGCGGACGGAGGCCAUAUCCUGGACGGCAUUCACGACACCGCGGAGUACGUUGUCGUUCCCCGGCUGUCGUUGAAUAACGUCGGCCGCGAGAGCUUUGGUUCCGUCCAUAAUAACCGGCAUAACGUGAUUCCCGUUGCCACCAGCACCGGCGAUGGUGACUUCGACAUCAGUGCCGGCGGCGACGCGGAUGUGGUGAUUCCCGUGGACGCUGAAGCCAUCCUCGCCGACGCGGACCCGCCCCUCACAUCCUCACUCAGCUCCAGACGCCGGAUGUCCUCCACACAUGACGGCGUCUACCAGCGCCCGAGCCUCAGAGCCGUCCCCGACCCGGCUGAUGACGGCCGGGGGUUACUGUCCUCCGCCGGGUACGACAACGCAGCCUUCCCCGGCAACCGCUGCAGCAGCCCCGGGGGAUCCCCUCCUGCCCCCUGGAACACCACCGGAGACGGAGAUCAACAGGUGUUUGGAUCUGCCGCUGCUGAUGCAGCAAUUGGCGUCAUCGGACGUAGCAGUACGAGCAAUGGCUUGGGUGGAGGUGGUAGCGGCUUGGGUGCGGGUGGUGGCGGCGCCGGUGGCAGUAGCGCCUUUCUACUGGGGUCCGAAGUGAAACGCAGCGCGGGUGCGGGUGUGAGUCGCGGGGGGGUGGUUAAGGGGAUGACGCAGCAAACCCGACAGUCCAUGUCGCCCGGAGCAAGGGCGCGGAUCGCGGCGGCGGCGGCGAAUGCCGUUCGUGAGCGACGAGGGCCGCGUCACGCGCGCACCCCGGAUGCGGUUGCAGCGGCUGCGGCUGCCGCUGCGGCCCCGCCUGCUGAGAUCCGCCGCAACGCUGGACUCUUGAAGAUCGGUCGUGCCCCAUCUGCAGUCCGCUACAGCCCCCGUGCGGAGGCCGCAGCCAUGGAGGCAGCGGCGGCGGCUGCUGCGGCCGCCGCCGCCGCCGGCAUGGGCAUGGGCAGCCUCAUGCUGCUGUCCGCAGCAGCGGCGCGGCAGCUGCAGGCAAACGCGGAAGCCGACGCAGCGGCGGCGGCGGCGGCAGCUGGCGGGGAGCAACCGGGCUACCGCGGCAACGGCACUGGUCAGAGGGUUGAGGGCCCGGCUGCUGAGAGCCUGCCCCCGUCUAGGGAGGUGUCCCCACGGCCACUCUCGCCCAAGACGCCUGGUCAAGUGUCGUCGGCUGCGAAUAUGGAUGGUGAGCCACGCGGAGAGGCGGAAAGUGCACCUGUCAGUGGCGGCGGCGGCAGCGGCCUCGGAGACGGCGGUUCAAGACUCACCAACGCCUCUUACGAAGGUGCCGAGAUGACAUCGGAAGCGUCACCGGCAAUAACCGCUCCGCCGUCACCACUGGUUGUAGCGCCUCCAUCGCCGACUGUAGCAGCUGCCGCGCCGCCGCCACCGCACUCACCGCGACGUGGCGGCGCCGCCAGUCCCUCGCUGCAGCCGCGAUCCGGCGCCGCAACACCCCCGCCGGGGGUCCCGCCCAUGCACCCGCCGGCUCCCCUGCCCGCCCUACUGCUCUCCAACAACGACUCCUUCAUAAACCCCUACAAGCCCCGCCACCUGGAUGCACUCCAAGGCAUCGGCGGCAGCAGUACCGGUCUGCCAUUGAUGACGUCGGCGGCGGCGGCCGCGAUUGCGAGUACGACAUACCUGCCAUCGCCUGCCGCGGCGGCAGGAUCAGCGGCGGCAUCGGCGAUUGCGGGGGUUGCCGUACGACAAUCUCAUGAGCGCCGGGGCGGCGGCGGUCUGACAUCGCCGUCAUCCGGCGCAUCAUCCAGUCAGAGCUGUAACAUUGCCGUCGUGGGCGCUCCGUUGGUUCCUCACCAGCGCGCGGUCCAUCUGAGCGCGUUGCAUGCCUCGGCGGCGUCUCAGUCCUCGAACGUCGCGGCAGCAGCGGCGGCGACUGUGCCAUCACCCAUGACCGCGAUGACAUCCACCGCAGAAAUAUCAACUUCACUAGCUGCCGCAGAGCUCAGCAGGAACACUUUGGCUGCGGGUACGGCGGCCCUGGAGGCUGACGGCGGCGCACUUGCAUGGGACGAAGGGCCCACAACAGAUGCCAUCGCCAGUGUGAUCUUCACAGCCGGCGGCCCCCUUCCUACCGUGGCCGAGUGCGCUACAGACGACGACGGCAGCUCCCGGGCCCCCAGUGGCCUCGGAGAGGGCUCCCAACCCUCACCCGCCAACUGCCCCGCCUCUCCUGCCGUACCCGCCGCCUCCGUUGCGUCCUCGUUGAGCUCCCCUAAGACCGCUACUGCUGCUGCCGCGGCGGCGGCCGCCACUACUGCAGCAGUAGACGGAGGUGCAUCUACUGCACGCACCAGUAAUGGAGGCGACGGCUGCCAGCCACCAACCCCCACUCGACCUCAACCGGGGAACAGUCAGCCGCUAAAGCAGACUCCACAUCAGAAACCGUUGCUGCCCUCGCAGCAUCAAAACCAGCAGCCUCAACCGCACACUCAACAGCAUCGGCAGCACUCAAGAGACCCACGGGACGCUCAGAAGGACCCGCAGCAGCAGCAGGGGGAGCAGCAAUGGUGGGGUCGCGGGGAAUGGACCACUCCGCCGCUCCUCAACACAUGGACUGUCGUACCCUUAAACUCCGCCUCCGCCGCCGCGGCGAUGGCGGCAGCAACCGCUGACGGAGCGACGGGAGUCGGUUUUGGCGCCGGGGGCAUUGGCAGCGGCGGCGGCAGCCAUGCCGCUAACGGUGCCAUUGUCGGCGGCGGCGGUGGCGGCGGCAGCUACACGCCACAUGGCGGUGGCAUUGGCGGUGGCGGUGGCGCCCCCACAGGCCCCAUUACCUUCUCCCACUCCCGCGUCUUCUGGGGCGGUCCCCACUCUCCCAACACGGCGGGCGGAGGGCAUGCCGCCACUCACCUGCCACUCCUCAACACUGCUGGGAACGGCACUGGGAAUGGCAACGGCGGCGGUGGCGGUGGUGGUGGAGCGGCCGCGGCAGGUGGGGCUGGCGGUGGUACAAGUCGGGGGCCUUAUGGCGGGUCUCCGCGACGCGCGCCGCAUUCGGCGCGAACGGCGGCGGAUGCCUACGUCGCCGACUCGCUCGCGGCGAACCGAGUCGUCAUGGCGGCGGCGGCGGCGUCGCUGUCGGCGGCGAGCGCUCGACCCGGUUCGCCGACGAAUGCGGUGACAGCUGCUGCGGCGGUGGCGGCGGCGGCUCGCAAUGGCUUAGGCAGCGCCGGCGGCGGUGGGGGCGGUGGCAGCGGCGCCAGCGGCGGCAGCAGUGGUACGUCGGCAGCGAGCAUUACGGCGAACGCGCUCGCGUCAUUGCUCGCUAAAAGCAACGGCCGUACGAGUUUGCCAUCUACUGUACGGCAACCGACGGUUAUAGUUAAAGGUGGAUUUGUGUACAAGGUCGCCCCGGGCUCACGCCGUGGCCUGGAGCAUGGCUCGUUUACGAAUAACGGUAAUGGCAGUUACCUCGGAAAUCAGCACGUUGGUUAAUAACUACUUUUGUUAGCAUCCACACGUGUCAAAAUGCCGUUGAACUGUCUGUUAGCACCGUUAUGUCGUUUACAUAAGAACUUAGAGCAGGCAUGUUGUUGGCGUGGCUGUCGUUGGAUUGGUGUCAGUUGUGUGUUUGUUGACUAAAGUUUGACCAUUAGGGCAGGCAACAUUCAUCGAUUGUCAUGCAGCAGCGACCAUUUGUGUGCGAACGCGCUUACUAAUACUGAGCGUCGUACGACAUAUAUAUGUACGACGCUGGAUUGAUUUAUCGAAGGAUUUACGGACGGCCUACUGUUGGGCCAAAACACACGUCCGUACUAGCACACCCCAUCAUCAUCUGCAGUUGACUCCUAGAUAUCAUUCUUACCCUAGCUAUCACCCAUCCAACAAACCCACGUCUACCGUAGUUAGCGAUCGAAGAUGCAGUAUUAGUGCAGGUUGCGGGCCUGAAGGUGGUGGAAGAGUGGCCAAUUUUGUCGUGAGCUUUUAGAGGAGCUUCAAAGUGCUCCAGCCUCUUGUCUUGGGGCCCCUUUCAUGUGUGAUGGUGGGUUCGUUGCAUGCAGCUGGCCACUAGCUUGCUGCAGAGGGGCGUGUGUUCAUAGGAAGCUGUGUAGUCCAGUGCACAUAGUAGUAUGUGGGUCCUGGCGGCCACCAUAGCGUGUCGAUAUGCGAUCCCGCUUCGUGACGGCAUGCAUGACGGUACGACAGCGGAUCGGGGGCUCCGAGCCCGCCUAUCUGAAGAACACGGGGGGAAGAGCACACGGGUUAUCGUGUGCAUGCAGGGGAGCUUUAGUGAUGCGGAUGGGGGUGGGGAAGAGGCGCGGGUUGGCAUGGAUGGCACAGUCUGGAUGCCUCCACUGCUGGUUUGGCUGUUGGGGCGUGCUGGGGACCUAUCUACCGGUAUGUGUGUGUGGUUGCUGGCUUGGUGCGUGGACCCCUUAAUGAAGGCUGAAGCUGCAUGCAGGUAUUGCGUUGUUGUUGCUUUCCGUUGUUUUCGAUGUUCGUAGCUUCAUGCUGGAUGGCCCUUACUAGGUGCUCUCAUCAGUUGCGGGUAUGCGGUGCCCCGCCUUGCAGGUGUGCCCGCCACCCCUUGCUUAGCAGCGGAAUAACGAAUGAUACUGGACUGGCCUGCUGGCCCGCUGGCGACUGCCGUUCCUAAAAAAUAUAAUAAGCGACAGAAAAAAUAUAACAAAAGAGCUGCCUA